AGAAAAUCCCGCCAUUUCGAGCAUAGACGCUAAACCUUCUUGCUCCCUCACUAUCGCAUCUCUCUCGUCUACAGUUUGUGAGGAACUGCUCGAUUAUGGAUUCGCAUACUCUUAAGUCCGUGUCAGAUUUGCCUGCACCAUUUCGAUCAACUUUUAGUUUCAGGUAUUUUAAUUCACUGCAGAGCGAAUGUUUUCCUCUUUGUUUCCACUCCGAUAUAAACAUGGUUGUUUCAGCACCGACUGGAAGUGGUAAAACAGUGCUCUUUGAGCUUUGUGUUUUGAGAGUUCUAUCAAAGUUCAUCUCUAAGGAUGGGAAGUUUGCUCAUUUAAAGGGAACCCUUAAAACAAUCUAUGUAGCCCCUUCUAAAGCUUUAGUGCAAGAGAAGCUACGUGGUUGGAACCAAAAGUUUGGUUCAUGGGGAAUAAGUUGUCUGGAGCUGACGGGGGACAACGACUCCAGUAUAAGGAAUAUACAAGAGGCAGACAUUAUUUUAACCACUCCCGAGAAGUUUGAUUCAGUAACUCGGUACCACUUAAAGGAUGGUGGUUUGAGCUUCUUCAGUGACAUAGCACUGCUCCUUAUUGAUGAAGUCCACCUACUGAAUGAUCCACGUGGAGCUGCACUGGAAGCAAUUGUCAGUAGGAUAAAAAUGCUUGCUCGCAAUUCUGAAAUGAAAUCAAGUCCUUUAGCUUGUGUCCGUUUUCUUGCUGCCUCAGCCACAAUUCCUAAUAUUGAGGAUCUUGGGGAAUGGCUCGAGGUUGCAAUCCAAGGAAUUAAAAGGUUUGGAGAAGAAAUGAGGCCUGUAAAGUUGACUACAAGAGUUUUUGGUUAUGCAGCAGCGAAAAAUGAUUUUCUGUUUGAAAAGCGCCUGCAAAAUUAUAUUUUUGACAUUUUGAUGCAAUACUCAAGAGGGCAAUCUGCUCUGGUUUUUUGCUCGACAAGAAAAGGAGCACAAGAAGCAGCGCAGCGGCUUUCUCAGGUGGCAAUGACUUAUGGUCAAUCAAACCCAUUUAUUAAAAGCAAAGAACAGCUGGAAAGGCUAAGGGAAGCUUCACUAUCAUUCAGUGAUAAACAAAUGCAAUCUUAUGUUCUUUAUGGAGUCGGUUAUCACAAUGGAGGGCUUUGCUUAAAGGAUCGUAACCUCAUUGAGGGUCUUUUUCUUAAUGGAGAUGUCCAAAUUCUUUGCACCACAAACACUCUUGCUCAUGGAAUCAACCUGCCAGCUCAUACAGUAGUAAUAAAGUCCACACAACACUUCAAUAAGGAGAAAGCUAUCUACAUGGAAUAUGACCGGUCCACAAUACUACAGAUGUGUGGUAGGGCAGGUCGACCACCAUUUGAUGAUACAGGAACAGUUAUAAUCAUGACUAGGAGAGGAACGGUGCAUCUGUAUGAGAAUCUCUUGAACGGUUGUGAAAUGGUUGAAUCACAAUUGCUUUCAUGUGUGGCAGAGCACUUAACAGCAGAAAUAGUUCAACUGACAAUCUCUGAUAUAGCACGAGCGAUUGAGUGGAUGAAAUGCUCUUACUUAUAUGUAAGAAUGAAAAAGAACCCUGAGAAAUAUGCUGUUAAGAAAGGGAUCACAAACGAUCAAAUAGAGAAGCAUAUGCAAGGAAUAUGUGUUGAGAAAAUUAAUCAACUCUUACACCAUCAAAUGAUAUGGACUGAUGAAGAUAGUUUCCUCUUGAAGCCACAAGAGCCUGGAAGGCUGAUGACAAAGUAUUAUCUGAAAUUUGAUACCAUGAAGCACAUUAUGAAGGCCCCUGAAAAGUGCAGUUUAGAAGAUGCACUUCGUAUUAUAUGCCAUGCUGAGGAGAUUAAUUGGAUACAGCUCAGACGCAAUGAGAAGAAGAUUCUGAAUGACUUGAACACUGACAAAAAUGGCCGGCUUAGAUUUCAUAUCAAUGAUGAUAAGGGGAAAAGGAAAAAGCGAAUCCAAACUAGGGAAGAGAAAAUAUUUGUUCUGACAAAUGACUGCUUGACUGGGGAUCCUUCAAUACAUGAUUUGUCAAUGACCCAGGAUGCAAAUUCAAUAUGCUCAAAUGGAUGCAGAAUUGCCAAGUGUAUGAAGGAAUAUUUUAUAUAUAAAAGAAGUUACAGAGGAGCAGUGAACUCAACCCUUCUAGCGAAGUCAUUGCAUCAAAAGCUCUGGGAUGACAGUCCUUAUUUGCUGAAGCAGUUACCUGGAAUCGGAAUGGUUACUGCUAAGGCGCUACAUUCAAUGGGAGUCCAAUCAUUUGAUGCACUAGCUGAAGCUGAUCCAAGGAGGAUAGAAAUUGUAACUGGAAGAAAAUACCCAUUUGGGAAUCAUAUAAAGGAGUCUCUACUGUCACUACCUCCAAAAGUUAACAUGAAGGUUGAGGAAGAUGAAUGCCCCAGACGAGGGAUGUCCAAAUUAGUAAUAACAUUGACAAGGCUAUCACAGCCAAUCCAAUCAACUAGACGACACUAUGCUGAUAUGAUUGUUGGGUCAGAGGAAGAUAACGUGAUCCACUUUCAUGAGAAAAUAAGAGUGGAUGAAUUCUCCAGUCCCUAUAGCACGACCAUUCUUCUGCCCAACCUUCAACAAGGGAAACCAACUGUGAAGGCUGAUAUUAUCUUUGAAGAACACAUUGGUUUUGAUGUCCACGAAGAACUACUUCUGAUAAAGGAGAUCAAAUCACACAUGAAUCCCAAAUGUACAAAUAAGCGGCCUCGCUUUUAUCCUCCUCCAGAGGAAGUAUGCGCUAUAGAAGCUGACAACGACACUAGGUCUCAAACUUCAGCCAUUGAACUUCAGAAUUUGGUUAAAUUUAAAAGGCCAAACACCUCAAUGCCCAGUUUCAUCCUUCUUGAUGAAGAGUUAGGAGAAGGUGAGUCAGCAACUGAGAAUGAAAAAGAUGGCAGCAAAAUUAUCACUGAACAAACAAUCUUUGAUCACAUUCGUGAGAAGGCCAAGAACUUCUCUUUGUUGAGCAUACCAAGUGCUACAUGUUCUCCGCCACCAAAAGCGUUGAUUCCCACAAGGAAACGCCCCUGUGGGAGUGAUAGUGAACUCGAUGCUCUACCAGAAAUAGAGAAAGGUAAAAUUCCACAAGAAUCUGUGCUUCCUUCAUAUUCAGAACCCAGAGAGGCCACACAUGGACUCCGGGUCAACUACAAUCUGACUUUAUACCAACAAUCAACUGCUGGUAUCUUGAGUCCCAUGAACCGCAUGGACGAAAGAGGUGAAGUUCCAUUUGAACCUGGAGAGAACAUGCUGAAGACUUUCUCAGAAGAAGCAGUAUUUGAUCAUAUUCAGAAGAAAUCCAAAAAUUUUCCAGUAUUCAAUGCAUCAAAGCCUUUUGAUUCUGAAUCCUUGGUUCAUUCCUCAAAAGAUCAGUCUGAAUCUCGAAUUGUUUCUGUUGAUGUAUCUGAAGGGACAAAUUUUAAGCUCCUGAGAGAUUCUUUCAUACCUGAUCUGAAACCUGAAGGGAUGGACAGAGAUUUGAAUUCUAUCAAGGCAGAAACGGGUGUCAAAACUAAUGCCUACCUUGAAGGACAUCAAAGAUCAAAUCUUCCUUGUAAAACUUCAAACACUAAAAGUGAUCCAUCAGCUAUCAAAAUGCUAUCACUUGAUAUAUUGAAGGUGGAGAAAAACAUGCAGCUAUCAGAGCCAGGAAGCUCCAUGGAAGAUGGCCCGAAGCAGUUGUCUCCCAGGGGAGAAAACAGACAGCAGUGCUUAUCACUGGCAGGUAAGCUCAACGAAGAAAAUUCAUUUCUUGGGUUUAAGAGUGUGUUUUCAUUUCUCUGAUUAUAGUAUGACAGUAUUGAUGCAG